GCUCGAUGUUAAACAGUGACCAAACGCUGGAGUUCAUGUGCCGGACAAAGCGCCCUCCGGAGUGUUAGAAGCAACAGACAAAGAAGGAAAGCGGACAAAAUGACUAGAUGAUUGCAGACGCCUGACACAGCAACACAGCUGGCCAGUCUCGGUCCUGUGCCACACAGACAGAGAUCAGAGUGGAUAUGGAGACGGUGGUGAUUGUGGCCAUUGGGCUGCUGGCCACCAUCUUCCUGGCCUCUUUUGUGGCCCUGGUGCUUCUCUGCCGGCAGAGAUAUUGUCGCCCAGCCGAUCUGCUCCAGCACUUCGACUCCAAGCCCACACUGGAUCUCAUAAGCGCCAUGGAGACUCAGAGCGAGCCCUCAGAGCUGGAGAUGGAUGAUGUGGUCAUCACCAACCCGCAUAUAGAAGCAAUCCUGGAGAACGAGGACUGGAUCGAGGAUGCCUCUGGUCUUGUGUCACAUUGCAUCUCAAUCCUAAAGAUCUGCCAUACCCUGACAGAAAAGCUAGUUGCCAUGACGAUGGGCUCAGGGGCAAAGGUCAAGGCACCUGCCAGUCUCAAUAACAUCAUCACGGUUGCGAAAAGGAUUAGCCCAAGGGUGGACGACGUGGUGCAAUCGAUGUACCCCCCUCUGGACCCGAAACUCCUUGAUGCACGGGCCACCGCCCUACUGCUGUCAGUCAGCCACCUAGUGCUCGUGACCCGUAGCGCCUGUCACAUGUCGAACAGCAUGGACUGGAUUGACCAGUCGCUGAAUGCUGUGGAGGAUCACAUGGUUGUGCUAAGGGAAGCGGCCCUUGCUUCAGAACCAGAUCUUACCCUGGCAGGAGGACACACACUUCACCAGGAACAAUCAACUAUCUAGGUCUUCUCUGCCAUUUUACUGCAUCGUUACUGCCUUAAUCAUAGACACUGAUCUACAAAUUCCCACAGUCCAAUGCUUAUUUUAUUUACUUAUGCAUUAAACUGUAUAAAUCUUUUUCCUUAACUGUAUAAUCAUUUUACACUCCUAGAAAAUGUUUCUAUUGUCAACACAGUACAACGUUUAAAUAUUUGCAAUGAAAUACAAAAACAAAAAAAUUACAAGUAUGUUUCAUUUUUGACAAAAUUGACAUAUACGGUACUCAGCAUAAAUGAGUAUACUUUGAAAAUUAAUAUUUUUAAAGAUUUAAACAAUUAGCAAAAUUUGACAAAUUUGAGUUUUAUUAAACAUUGGUUUCAUUUACAUAAAACCUUGGUAACCAGCAUCAUUAGGAUAAAAAAAAAAACAAUAUAUUUUAUUCAAAUAAGGUAUUAAAAAAUGAAUACACCCUACAACAAAUUCCACCAAAUCUAAUAUUUUAGAUGGCGUCAAUGCUUUUUAAGAACAGCACCAACUCUUCUGGGCACUUGGCCACUGAAUCACAGAAAUGCAGCAGUGGCCUUGGAUGUAUGUUUUUGGUGAAUGUCAUGUUGAAAGAGUGCCCAGUGACCCAGCGCGCGAGAUGGUAGCAUCUUCUCUUUCAGUAUUUCGUAGUACAUCUGUGAAUUCAUGACACCAUCAGUGAACUGCAAUUCCCUGACGUCUGCAGCACUCAUAGAACCCCACGGAAGAAGACUGCCACCACCAUGCUUUACUGUGGGUACCAUAUAUUUUUCAUUGUACUUCUUACCCUUGCAAGGCCAUACAAUUUGGAUGUCAGCAGUGUCAAACAUAUUUAGCUGUGUCUCAUCAGUCCAAAGUGUAUUGUCCCAAUAGUAUUCAUAUUUGUCAGAAUGAGCCCUGGCAAAUGCUAAAAGGGCUUUUUUUGUGCAUGGGCUUCCGUCAUGGAUGACACCCUUGCGUGCCAUUCUUCUGCAGCGUAUGUCGUAUUGUAUCAUGGUCAUCCCAGUUUGGCUUUCAACUGCUUUAGCUAACUAAUGAACUUGCAAGGCAAUUUUCCUCAACUCAUCUCAUCAUAAAACACUCGAGGUGUUAGCUUCCAUGGAUGGCCUAUUCGUCUGAGAGAUCUUGAAACAAGUGCAUCAUUUUUUAAAUUUCGAAAUCACUUGAUUUCUGAUUGAUUAACAAUGCAUUACUGAUUUUCUUGUAACAUUGAUCUUUUCUGUCUAAAAAAAUAACAUUCAUUCUCAAGCCUUGUGACAUUUCUCUUCCAUGUGGUACUAUUGAAUGGGACGGGAUUUUAUUUAAUUACCAACCUUAAUUGUCAGUUAUCUGCUGCCCACAUGUGUGGUAAUUGAGUAGACUCAUCUGCUGUUGAAUUUCUGUUAACAUUUCAUAAAGUUUUAUCCCUAAGACCUUCA